AGCAGCUCGGUGGCCUUUUCUCCUUCGUGAACGGCCCAGUGCUUCAAUCCUCAGCUUGCAGCUUCAGCCCAAGAGGGUGCGGAAGACCUGGACUUCAUCUCUCAAUAUUCACUAUUUCAACAUGCUGGUGCUGUUCUUGGUUUUAUUGCUUGCUGCCACUAUCUACUUCACCUUCCUGGAUGGCUGGUACCUCCUGAGGUUCUCCCUCAUUAUCUUUUGUAACAGGUGGGUGCUCCCCAGAACAGGAGAUCUGCUGAAAGAAUUCCGAGUCUGGAGCCUGGUCCUGCCCUCCGACCUGGACUUUUUGGGACACAUGAAUAAUGCACGCUACACCAGGGAGGCUGAUUUUGCCCGUUACUCAUACAUGUUCCGCUGCCGUCUCCUUCAGACCAUCUGGUGCCUGAAGGGCAAUACAGUGCUGAUGGCCUCCUGUUGCCGUUACCGACGGUCUUUGCACCUGUGGGAACGCUUCGCCAUCCACACACGCACCCUGGGCUGGGACGAACAUGCUUUUUACCUGGAGCAACGGUUCGUCAGUGCCCGGGAUGGGUUUGUCUGUGCCAUAUUGCUUGCCCAGCAUCACGUGACCAUCAUUUCUCCAAGCGAGGUCAUCCAGCAUCUGUACGGGAGGAAGGUGGAAUCGCCAGAAGUCCCGGAAGAUGUCCACUACUGGCUGAAAAGUAACCAAGCCAGCAGCCGAAGACUAAGAAUAGAAAAUGAUCUCCAGAAAAAUGGCAAAAGCAAGUAGGAGGUUCCUCAAAUCUGCUGCCAGGCCAUCUCCAGUAACGGUUGGGCCACCCUUUCUUCUGUAUAAAUCCAAAGAGGUGCCAUUAAUCAUCCUGUCCAAUGCUGUCAUGGGUAUCCAGGGAGUAAGGGAGGCAAGUGGCUCCAGGCACACUAUGACAUCACUGUGCAAAGACCGAUGCAAGCUAUAUCAUUUAUGUCAUCUGUGCGAUGACAUCAGCAGGUGCGUCCUCAUUGCGACUUCUGCCAGAUGCUGCAACAUUCUGUUGACUGAAAUAGCAGCAGGAUCAGCCACAUUGGAUGGAAGGCCUCAAAACUUUAGAUGUGGACAGGCAAAGCAACCUUGCUGGGUCGGCUCUUGUCAGCAUUAUUACUCCAUCCUACCUAUUUCCAAGCUCCAGUGCUGUGGAUUUCAUAGGAAUGCGAUUUGCAUACAUUGUGGAUAGAACUUCAAUCAGAGUUAUUGCAGAAUAUUC